UCCCCUCUUUCCCUGACUGCCUGGGGCAAAGAAGCAACGGAUUCGCUGCCCAGCUGAGCAUCCCACCCGGAGGGGCGGGGGGGCAGGCAGGGAGACCCCCGAGUGGGCGGCGCUCUCCGCCCUUUAGAGAAUGGGAGGAGCUGGACGGAGAGGGGAGGAGCUACAAGCACUUCCUGGCUGGGGUCGUUCCGGGGAGGGGGAUCCACGUGCGAGGCCGGGAAGGAAGGAAGGAAGCUUAGCCGGCGGGGCUGCGCGCAUCUCUUGGACCGAGGAACAGAGCCGCCUUUCCCUGCCGACGCCUCACACUCUCAUGGCCUCGUCUUCAUCUCCUGGAACCUCAGUUCUUUGUAAUGGAGGAUUAACGGCUGUUGAGCUUCCAAUGCAGGAAUUGAUAUCGCUUGAGGAUGUAGCUGUGGUUUUCUCCGUGGAGGAGUGGGCCCUGCUGGAUUCAAAGCAAAAAGCCCUGUACCAGGAGGUCAUGCAGGAAACCAAGAGGAACUUGGCCUCCUUAGCAGGUGACGGAUGGGAGAUGGAGGAUUCCGGCCAAGAGGCAGCAGCACCUUUGCCAGAAGAGAAAAAGGAAUUUGAAGAAAAAAUGUAUGGAAAGCAAAGUUUGGAGGAAAACCAAUUAACGAUUGAGCUGGAGAAUUAUGCUAGUUUACCUUGUCCAGGUACCAAUGUCUUAUUGGACACAGAUGAUUGCCAAGAAAAAGGAGAAUGUUCAAGGUGUGGGAAAACACUCCGAGAUGAAUUUGGAUUAUGUGACUGUUGUAAAAGUCCUACUGGAGAGAAACAGGAUGAAAGGAGGCAACACUCCAGAAGGACCCUUCCUCCUCCUUUACAUGAAAGAACACAAGAAGGAGGGGAAAUAUACAAAUGUACGGAGUGUGCAGAAAGCUUCAGUACAAGCCGCUCCCUUGCACUGCAUAAAAAGAUUCACAAAGCAGAGGAUCAACACAAAUGUCUGGAUUGUGGAAGGACCUUCAGGCAGAAAAGUCACCUUAAUUCACAUAAGAAGGUCCACGAAGAGAGGAAGCAGCAUCAAUGCAUUAAUAGGGGAAACAGCUUCGGAAGCAGCGCCUCCCUUACUUCCCAUCAAAGCCUCCACAGAGAGGAGAGGUUGCAUCAACGCAGGGAAGGUAGAAGGAGGUUUAGUUGGAGCAAAGAACCGAAUUCCCGGAAAAAAAGCCCCACUGGGAAUAAUUCAUUUAAAUGCCUGGAAUGUGGGAAGAGCUUCCGCUAUGCAAGUAAGCUCAUUUACCAUAAUAGGAUCCAUACUGGAGAGAAGCCGUAUCAUUGCACAGUGUGUGGAAAGAGCUUCACCCGAAAAGGCCAUUUCGAUUUACAUAAUAGGAUCCAUACAGGGGAAAAGCCAUUUCAAUGCAUGGAAUGUGGGAAGAGCUUCCGUUUCUCAACAAGCCUUACUGCCCAUCACAGAAUGCAUACAGGGGAGAAGCCCUUUCAGUGCCUGCACUGUGGAAAGAGCUUCAGCCAAAAACGUAGUCUAAAGUCACACGAGAGCAUCCACACGGGAGAAAAACCAUUUCAAUGCACGGAAUGUGGAAAGAGCUUCCGCACUUCAAAAAGCCUUACUUCCCAUCACAGAAUCCACACAGGGGAGAAGCCCUUUCAGUGCCUGCAGUGUGGAAAGAGCUUUGCCAGUUCUAGUGGCCUUCAUGCCCACGAACGGAACCACACAGGGGAGAAACCGUACAAAUGCCUGGAGUGUGGAAAGAGCUUCUGUUUCUCAGUAAGCCUUACUUCCCAUCACAGAAUCCACACAGGGGAGAAGCCCUUUCAAUGCCUGCACUGUGGAAAGAGCUUCAGUGAAAAAGGUAGUCUAAAGUCACACGAGAGGAUCCACACAGGGGAAAAACCAUUUCAAUGUACGGAGUGUGGAAAGAGCUUCCGUGUCUCAACAAGCCUUACUUCCCAUAAAAGGACCCACACGGGUAAAAAGCCUUACAAGUGCACCGAAUGUGGCAAAUGCUUCGCUGAUUUGCGGGUUCUCUCUCGUCACAAAAGGCUCCACACUGGGGAGAAGCCAUAUGAAUGCCACACUUGUGGAAAGAGCUUCAAUAAAAAAAAUGUCUAUAUUGUACAUAUCAGAACCCACACUGGGGAGAAACCUUAUCAGUGCCAGGAGUGUGGAAAAUGCUUCAGUGGUUCUGGACAAUUGACGAACCAUAAAAGGAUUCACACAGGGGAGAAGCCCUAUAAGUGCACCGAGUGUGGUAUGAGUUUCAGUAGAAGUAGUUACCUUUGUAGCCACAAGAGGAUCCACACUGGGGAGAAACCACAUACAUGUUAUGAGUGCGGAAAAAGCUUUAGUCGAAGUGGUUCACUCAGGAUCCAUAGAACGCUUCACUCAGGGAAGAAACCCUAUAAAUGCCUGGAGUGUGGAAAAUGUUUUAGUACGAGUGGCCAGCUUACCUCCCACCAUAGGCUCCACACAGGAGAGAAGCCAUUUAAAUGCAUUGUGUGUGGAAAGAGUUUCCGAAAUGGGAGUGACUUUAAUCGCCAUAAGAAGCGAGUGUGUGGAGUAAAAGAAAUUCAGAACCGUGACUUUAGAUAA